CCUCACGAAACCUAACGAAAUUCCGCAGCAAGGAAGGAAGGAAGGGGGGAGAGGCUCUCGAGGAGGUGGGGAUUCGCGGGAGCGGCCUCGAGUGGGGGCGGCCUCCGGUGAGUAGCCAUGGUGGCGCCGGCUGCGGCUGCGUCUGCGGCGGGAGCGGGGCCGGCGGCGGCGGCGGCGGCGGAGAGGCAGCUGGUGGUUGCCGUGGAGGGGACGGCGGCGCUGGGCCCGUACUGGCCCGUCACCGUGGCGGACUACGUCGAGAAGAUCGUGCGGAGUUUUUGUGCACAUGAAAUGGCAGGACAGAAGCUCUCAGGGGCACCCCCUGAACUCGCAUUAGUCGUCUUCCAUACACAUGGUCCUUAUAGUGCCUUUUGUGUGCAACGGAGUGGAUGGACAAAAGAUAUGAAUGUGUUUCUUUCAUGGUUAUCUGGAAUAUCAUUUAGUGGUGGAGGCUUUAGUGAAGCUGCUAUUUCUGAAGGUCUCGCUGAAGCACUUAUGAUACUCCAAGGCAGUCCUAGUAACAGUCAGAAUCAUCAAAGCCUUGAAGUCCAAAAACAUUGCAUACUCGUUGCAGCAAGUAAUCCUUACCCACUGCCUACGCCGGUCUACCGUCCCCUUGUUCAAAGUAGCGAUCUCAAAGAUAAUAAUGAUGGAGCAAAGGAAUCUUGUCUUGCUGAUGCUGAGACUGUUGCAAAAUCAUUUGCUCAGUGCUCUGUGUCAUUAUCGGUGAUAUCUCCUAAACAGCUUCCGACUCUGAAAGCAAUAUACAAUGCGGGAAAGAGGAAUCCUCGAGCUGCUGACCCAUCAGUGGAUCAUGCAAAAAAUCCACAUUUUCUAGUGUUGUUGUCUGACAAUUUUUUGGAGGCGCGAAGUGCUCUAACUCGACCUUUACCUGGCAACUUGGUCUCAAAUCACCCCAUUGCAAAAAUGGACACAACUGCAACAUCCGUUCCAAUACCAACUUCAAAUGCCAACCCCUCAGUUAAUGGACCUAUACUUGCCCGGCAACCAAAUGGUGUUGUAGGUAUUCCCACAGCAAAUAUUAAAGUGGAACCAACAACUAUACCGCCCAUGGUUUCUGCACCUGCUUUCUCUCAUGUAACACCUGUUUCAAAUGGUGUUUCACAAGGAUUAUCAACAGUACAAAGUCCCUCACCGUCUCUUAUUUCGCAAGAUACAAAUCUUGGAAAUGAUAGCGUGCAAGAACAUAAACCUUUAAUAAACCCUAUCCAACAAUCAGUUCGACCUGUUGGUCCAGCAAAUGUCAACAUCCUUAACAAUCUUUCACAGCAUCGGUCAGUGGCAAACAUUAUAUCAAGUGGAAUCCCUUCUAUAUCUGGGACAGGACAGUCAAUUGGUACUCAACAAAUGGUACAAAACACUGGUUUUGGAUCAAACACUUCAAAUAAUGCAGUGUCAUCUUCUUUGAGUAACAUCCAAGGCAACAUGAGUCUGUCAGGACCUCCUGUGACACAAGGAGGUCCGAUGGCUGCUACGCAACUGGGACAAGGUGGAAUCAAUACAAACCAAAAUGUGAUGAGUAGCCUUGGGGCAGCAACUAUCCCUUCUGCACCUGCAAUGAUGCCAACGCCAGGGAUGGCUCAACAGGCAGGAGUAAAUACUCUUGGCGUGACCAACAGUUCUGCCAUGAACAUGCCUAUAGUGCAGCAUCCUAAUGCCCAGCAGCAGCAGCAGCAGCCACCGCCCAAGUAUGUCAAAAUUUGGGAGGGAACUUUAUCUGGGCAAAGGCAAGGACAACCUGUAUUUAUCUGUAAACUGGAAGGUUACAGGAGUGGAACAGCAUCUGAAACACUUGCAGCAGACUGGCCAGAAACAAUGCAGAUUGUGCGCCUUAUAGCUCAGGAGCAUAUGAACAAUAAACAGUAUGUUGGAAAAGCAGACUUUCUAGUAUUUCGGACAUUAAAUCAGCAUGGGUUUCUUGGGCAACUGCAGGAAAAGAAGCUGUGUGCAGUGAUUCAGUUGCCUUCGCAAACGUUGUUGUUGUCAGUGUCAGACAAAGCCGGACGCCUCAUUGGUAUGCUGUUCCCUGGGGAUAUGGUGGUGUUUAAACCUCAGGUACCAACCCAGCAACCACAAAUGCAACAACAGUUACAACAACAGCAGAACCAACUUCAACAGCAGAACCAGCUACAGCAACAGCACCAGCUGCAACCGCAGAACCAGCUGCAACAGCAGCAGCAACAGCUGCAACAACAUUUACAACAGCAGCAACUACAACAACACAUGCAGAUGCAACCACAAGGCCAUCAGCUUCAGCAGCAGCAGCAGAUGCAGCAAAUACAGCAGCAGCAGCAGCAGCAACAACAGAUGCAGCAAAUGCAGCAGCAGCAACAACAGAUGCAGCAAAUGCAACAGCAGCAGCAGCCCCAACAGCUUCAGCAGCAACAGCAACCGCAGAUGGUCGGCGCAGGGAUGGGGCAGCAGCAACCACAGAUGGUCGGCGCAGGGAUUGGGCAGCAGCAACCACAGAUGGUCGGCACGGGAAUGGGGCAGCAGCAACCGCAGAUGGUCGGUGUGGGGAUGGGGCAGCAGCAACCGCAGAUGGUCGGCACAGGGAUGGGGCAGCAGUUCAUGCAUGGUCGGGGGCAGCAGCAGUUCAUGCAACAAGGGAAGAUGGCGCAACAGCCAGGAAGCAUGUCGGGUUCCUACAUGAGUUGAAGCACCUGAUGCCUGAAUGCCAGAAGAAUAAUUGGGCAUAUAUCCAGCGGCGGGUUAAGUGACACUUGGCGUCGCCAACUGUCAAAAAGGCGGCCUUUUGGCUCCACAAGCUCACAUGGAUUACCUGCCCAGAUUCUUGGUAGUUUUCCCACAUAGUGUGGGAUACAAAGUAGGUUUUGUCGGCAGUUUAGUUGUGGCUGUGAUGUUUAAUUUGUAGAUAGCGUUCUUGGAGCCUACACGGCCUGUCUCUUGUGUAGUAGUUUCUUUUGAAAAACACCGCCUUAUGGUUGCUUAGUUUGUAGCUGGUGAAUUGAUAAAAUUCAUUGUUUGAAACACAGAUGCGAUGCAGAUCAUAUGUGAAGGAUUAAUUAAUAGUAAGUCUGCUUAAGUGUUUAGCA